UGUCCCCGCCACCACAGACCGAGCGAUUCCCGCUCCCCAAAUCCGCUCCAGAAUUUCAAGGGUUUGGUUUGGAUGCCCCUUGUGUCGUAUGUGUGUUUGAUUUUUUUUUUCCCCUCUCUUUUUCUGGCCAAACCCAGUUAUUGCACUUUAGCGAAACGUUUUGUUUCGGUGAAUCCAGCGCGUUAAAGGUCUGCCCGUAGCUGGGUGAAGAAACAUGGGGAUUUGAUUCUAUUUCCAACGGGACAGGAAUUGGAUCGUGUUGGUACAUCAGACAAUAGUUGUAUUUUAGGUGGUGUCUGUCUAAAAAUGAAUCAACCGAAGCUAUGGAGAGCGUUGCUUUUCAUGACGGUGUUGUACCAGUUUGGGACGUCAAGCAGAUACGGUUGUGUGUUUGAGACAAGGCUGUGCUCCAGAGAGCAGUUCUGCUCUGAUGACGGUCUCUUUGGGCAGUGCCGUACCUCUAAGCAGGACCAGGUGCAGUACCAGGUGUCAUUUCCUGUUUUGAAGAGGAUGCAGGAAGUCCUCAAGCAGCUCAUGCUACAGGGUCUGUCCUGGCAGGAUGACAUUACCCAGUACGUUGUUGCCAAAGAGCUGAGCAGAGUUCCUCACACCACACAGUCCCUAAAGGCCUCCUCCUUUUCACAAACCAAGCAGAGCUCCUCCAAUCAGAGAGCACACCCCAGCAGCUCCUCCAGUCAGGGAGGAUACCCCAGCAGCUCCUCCAGUCAGGGAGGAUACCCCAGCAGCUCCUCCAAGCAGGGAGGAUACCCCAGCAGCUCCUCUAAGCAGGGAGGAUACCCCAGCAGCUCCUCCAAGCAGGGAGGAUACCCCAGCAGCUCCUCCAGUCAGGGAGGAUACCCCAGCAGCUCAUCUAAGCAGGGAGGAUACCUCAGCAGCUCCUCCAGUCAGGGAGGAUACCCCAGCAGCUCCUCCAGUCAGGGAGGAUACCCCAGCAGCUCCUCUAAGCAGGGAGGAUACCCCAGCAGCUCCUCUAAGCAGGGAGGAUACCUCAGCAGCUCCUCUAAGCAGGGAGGAUACACCAGCAGCUCCUCUAAGCAGGGAGGAUACCCCAGCAGCUCCUCGAGUCACGGAGGAUACCCCAGCAGCUCCUCCAGUCAGGGAGGAUACCCCAGCAGCUCCUCCAAUCAGGGAGGAUACCCCAGCAGCUCCUCCAGUCAGGGAGGAUACCUCAGCAGCUCCGCCAAUCAGGGAGGAUACCCCAGCAGCUCCUCCAGUCAGGGAGGAUACCCCAGCAGCUCCUCCAGUCAGGGAGGAUACCCUAGCAGCUCCUCUAAGCAGGGAGGAUACCUCAGCAGCUCCUCUAAGCAGGGAGGAUACACCAGCAGCUCCUCUAAGCAGGGAGGAUACCCCAGCAGUUCCUCCAGUCACGGAGGAUACCCCAGCAGCUCCUCUAAGCAGGGAGGAUACCCCAGCAGCUCCUCCAGUCAGGGAGGAUACCCCAGCAGCUCCUCUAGUCAGGGAGGAUACCCCAGCAGCUCCUCCAGUCAGGGAGGAUACCCCAGCAGCUCCUCUAAGCAGGGAGGAUACCCCAGCAGCUCCUCUAAGCAGGGAGGAUACCCCAGCAGCUCCUCUAAGCAGGGAGGAUACCCCAGCAGCUCCUUUAAGCAGGGAGGAUACCCCAGCAGCUCCUCCAAUCAGGGAGGAUACCCCAGCAGCUCCUCCAGUCAGGGAGGAUACCCCAGCAGCUCCUCCAGUCAGGGAGGAUACCCUAGCAGCUCCUCUAAUCAGGGAGGAUACCCCAGCAGCUCCUCUAAGCAGGGAGGAUACCUCAGCAGCUCCUCUAAGCAGGGAGGAUACACCAGCAGCUCCUCUAAGCAGGGAGGAUACCCCAGCAGUUCCUCCAGUCACGGAGGAUACCCCAGCAGCUCCUCUAAGCAGGGAGGAUACCCCAGCAGCUCCUCCAGUCAGGGAGGAUACCCCAGCAGCUCCUCUAGUCAGGGAGGAUACCCCAGCAGAUCCUCCAGUCAGGGAGGAUACCCCAGCAGCUCCUCUAAGCAGGGAGGAUACCCCAGCAGCUCCUCUAAGCAGGGAGGAUACCCCAGCAGCUCCUCUAAGCAGGGAGGAUACCCCAGCAGCUCCUCCAGUCAGGGAGGAUACCCCAGCAGCUCCUCUAGUCAGGGAGGAUACCCCAGCAGAUCCUCCAGUCAGGGAGGAUACCCCAGCAGCUCCUCCAGUCAGGGAGGAUACCCUAGCAGCUCCUCUAAGCAGGGAGGAUACCCCAGCAGCUCCUCUAAGCAGGGAGGAUACCUCAGCAGCUCCUCUAAGCAGGGAGGAUACACCAGCAGCUCCUCUAAGCAGGGAGGAUACCCCAGCAGUUCCUCCAGUCACGGAGGAUACCCCAGCAGCUCCUCUAAGCAGGGAGGAUACCCCAGCAGCUCCUCCAGUCAGGGAGGAUACCCCAGCAGCUCCUCUAGUCAGGGAGGAUACCCCAGCAGAUCCUCCAGUCAGGGAGGAUACCCCAGCAGCUCCUCUAAGCAGGGAGGAUACCCCAGCAGCUCCUCUAAGCAGGGAGGAUACCCCAGCAGCUCCUCCAAUCAGGGAGGAUAUCCCAGUCAGGCUGACAGCCACCAGGACCACUUGAUAGUAGACCAUCUCCAGUCCCCCCUCCGCAUGCAGACAUCUUCCAUGGACCCCUUUACCUACCAACAGCACAGAUACCAGGAAGAUAUGGAGCGCUCCCUCCACCAGGGAGGAGGAGUCUACGCAGGGCUUCGCCCCUCCUCCAGAUACCAACAGGCCAAACAGAGAGAGAGAAACCAUCAACUGCUACAGGACGUCAUCUCCCUCUAUCUGUCCUCUUCCCCUGCACAGCCCUCAUUCCGCCACCGGGGGGCAGCAGCCCUGCCGGCCCCACCCUACUACGAGGAACCGGAACUGCCUCUGGACUAUGUAGAGGACUACAGUCUGACAGAGCUGGCUAUGGCUAGAGCCAGACAACAGCAGCAGCUUCCACAGCAUGACUACAGCUCUCUGGCUGGGCUGGAUGAGUCUAUCCUACAGCGUAUGGUGGAGACCCUGGACAGGUAUGGUAUUGACCCGAGAGAGCUGACCCCCCAGCAGCUCUACAGACUGGCUGUGGUGCUGCAGCUGAUGCAGGCUAAGGACAAGGACAACAUAGAGCCACUUACCGAAGAUCCAAAGAAGACUCAGCAGGUUCUUAAAAGCAGUGACACAGUGCCCGAAAAGGUAGAGAAAGCUUCCGCCCUUGUCCCCGGGCUCAAGGUGGUCCCUACCCUGGCCUCAGCUGCCACCAGUCCCCCCAUCACGGCACCUCUAGAGGGCAGCGUGACGGCUAAGGACUCCUCCGUCUCUGUGGAGGAUGUGAAAGAGAAGGUGAAAAGCUCCAGUGUCCCAGCUGCUGAGAGGGCGACAGCAGACAGGGAGCAGUAUGGAUACAUCGUCACCAACCAGAGUCCUCUCAGUCUGUAUAAUGGGGUAAAACUACUGGGCGUACUUGCAGAGAGGAUCCACCUGACUACCAGCAGCUUCAUCAACAUCAGUGUGGUGGGCCCUGCCCUGACGUUCAGGAUCAGGCAGAACCCUCAGAACAUGAGUGCAGAGGAUAUGGCUGAGAAGGCUGCGUCUCAGAAGUCCUUUCUGGAGUCUGAGACGGGGUUGAAGAUACUGCAGACUGGUGUGGGAGAGAGGAGCGAGGGUCAUGGGCUGCCCCAUGCCACGCGGGUGAGGGGGGGCUCCAGUGGGCUGGUACUGACGCUGGUGUCCAUGGCGUGUGUGGGCGGGGUGGUGGUGGUAGCGUUGACCAUCGCCUGUCUCCGACACCACGCCAAGCAGCUGACCUCAGGGAAACUGGGCCUCGGACCCGAGGGAGGACCGGAGACACACGUUGACUACCAGGAGCUCUGCAGGCAGCACAUGGCAGCCAAGCCGUCGUUCAGUCGUCAGGAGGCGGUGGGCGGGGGAGCGGGGGGUCGGAGGGGGACAGACACCUCCAGGGUGAGCAGUGUGUCGUCCCAGUUCAGUGACGGCCCACAACACAGCCCCUCCUCACACAGCAGUACGCCCUCCUGGAGCGAGGAGCCUGCCCAGUCCAACAUGGACAUCUCUACUGGUCACAUGAUACUGGCCUAUAUGGAGGAUCAUCUGGAGAAUAAGGACCGUCUGCUGAAGGAGUGGGAGGAUCUUUGUUCCUACCAGGCUGAACCCAGUGUUGUCACUGUAGCACAGAGUGAAGCCCACCUGGAGAAGAACCGCUGUUCGGACUCUCUUCCCUAUGAUCAUUCCCGCGUGAAAUUGAAGGCAGAGAGCAACUCCACCAAGGAAGACUACAUUAACGCCAGCACCAUAAUUGACCAUGACCCUCGACUGCCUGCUUACAUCGCCACCCAGGGACCACUGGCACACACCAUCGCUGACUUCUGGCAGACAGUCUGGGAGAAUGGCUGUACAGUGAUAGUGAUGAUGACAGCCCUGGUUGAGGAUGGAGAGAUUCAGUGUGUUCGCUACUGGCCUGACGAGGGAUCCUCCCUCUACCACAUCUACGAGGUGAAUUUGGUCUCUGAACACAUCUGGUGUAAAGACUUCCUGGUUCGUAGUUUCUACCUGAAGAACGUUCAGACCCAGGAGACUCGUACCUUGACACAGUUCCACCUGCUCAGCUGGCCCUCCAACGGAAUCCCUACCUCCACACGCCCUCUGCUGGACUUCCGCAGGAAGGUGAAUAGGUGCUACAGAGCUCGAUCCUGCCCCAUCAUCGUCCACUGCAGUGACGGCACUGGCAGGACGGGAACCUACAUCCUUAUUGACAUGGUCCUCAAUCGCAUGGCUAAAGGCGUGAAGGAGAUUGAUAUUGCUGCGACAUUGGAACACAUCCGGGAUCAGAGACCGAACUUAGUCCGCACCAAGGAUCAGUUUGAGUUUGCACUGACUGCCGUGGCAGAAGAGGUCAAUGCCAUCCUGAAGGCUCUGUCACAGUGAACCAUGUGUCCACCACCUCGUGUGCCAGAACCUUACAACUAGAAUGACCAUGAAAGUUAUGCAUCAUAAUACCAACGACGGCCAUAUUGAGUGUCCCCCAUGAUUGUACCAUUCACACUGCUGUGGUCUGACGGGUUGUUGACGAUCUAGUAAUUCUAUUUCUAUGGCCAUUAUUAACCCUUCGGGGAGGAACUACAUUUCCCAGAGUCCUUUACUACUACACCAAUGACCAUAGUAGUCAGCAAGACCGAACAAACAGAUCUGAGGCCAGGCUGCUAUCAUUAUGCAUUCAUAAUGAAAUUACAUUUUAAAAUCCUGGAGAUGAUUCCGUUCAGGUUAAAAACACUUUAAAUGUACAGUAGGACCCCUUUACAGUGUCUUGUUAUUCGAUUUUAGAUUGAGAUUUGGUCUUAAAAUACUGUGUCUUGAUUCUGUAACAUUUCUCCUUUCUCUGAUUCUCAGUCUCAGACAUGUCUCACUAGAGAUAUUACAAUUACCACGAUCCCUCCUGUUCUGUUGUCAUGGUGAUGUUAUAUUACCAUGAUCCCUCCUGUUCUGUUGUCAUGGUGAUGUUAUAUUACCACGAUCCCUCCUGUUCUGUUGUCAUGGUGAUGUUAUAUUACCAUGAUCCCUCCUGUUCUGUUGUCAUGGAGAUGUUGUAUUACCAUGAACCCUCCUGUUCUGUUGUCAUGGAGAUGUUGUAUUAUCACGAUCCCUCCUGUUCUGUUGUCAUGGAGAUGUUGUAUUACCAUGAACCCUCCUGUUCUGUUGUCAUGGAGAUGUUGUAUUACCAUGAUCCCUCCUGUUCUGUUGUCAUGGAGAUGUUGUAUUACCAUGAACCCUCCUAUUCUGUUGUCAUGGUGAUGUUGUAUUACCAUGAUCCCUCCUGUUCUGUUGUCAUGGAGAUGUUAUAUUACCAUGAACCCUCCUGUUCUGUUGUCAUGGAGAUGUUGUUUAAAACCACAUUGUACUCUAGAAGGUAUCCAUCCAUAUAACAUAACAACAGCAUGAGGCCCGUGGCUUGUUUAUGCAAGAAGACAGAGACCCUCACUAUGGUGAGGAUGAAGUGAGUGACAUGCUAGAGUACAAUACGUUACACCAGUUUCUCUAAGGGGCUGGCGUUUACCUCUAAGGGGCUGGCGUUUACCUCUAAGGGGCUGGCGUUUACCUCUAAGUUUAACUCUAAACCCAAUGAUUUAUUUAUAUUCAUUUUGUAAUUCAACUAUUACUGUACACUGACGACCUAAUCACUCACAUCUGAAUCACAUCAAUUAGUGUCUUCAAUGUUACCGUAAAACGUCUGUGUUUAUUGUAAAUAAUUCACCUGAUUUAUUAUAUGUUUAUUAAAGUAAGCAAACACAUAGAAAACAACUAUAAAAAUAUUUUUCACUCAAUGUAUGUAAUUAAAUCUCUAUUGUGAUGUGGUGCAACAGCA